AUAGCUUUAUCUCAUUGUGUUUACUUAGCUUUUUUUUCUUAAAGAGGUAAACUAACUAUAUGCUGAAAAAUAAAAAAAUCAUGUUCGCAAAGACCAUUUUGAUAACUGGUUCUAACAGAGGAAUCGGACUUGAACUUGUAAAGUUGUUGGCUGGUCAAUGUGAGCAUUUGUUUGCUGCUUGUCGUUCACCACAGGAUGCCACUGAUUUAAAUUCUAUUGCGGAAGAAAAUAAAAAUAUAGUUGUCAUUAAAAUAGAUGUAACAGAUCAAUUUACUAUUGAUGCUGCAAAGGAAGUUGUGCAAAACACAGUUGGAGAGAAAGGGUUAAACUGUUUAAUUAAUAAUGCUGGCGUUCUUAAAACGGGCGAGAACAGCAUUAAUGAUGUUACAGCUGAGUCAAUGAAAAGUGUUUAUGAAGUAAACACUGUGGGCCCUGCCAUGGUUAUUAAGACUUUCCUGCCAUUAAUCAAACAAGCUUCAUCACAAGUUGAAGGUGAUGGUAUGAACACAGCUCGAGCAUCCAUACUAAACAUGUCUAGUAAAGUAGCAUCAAUGGAUGAUAAUAAAUCAGGAAGAGCUUAUAGUUACAGAAUGUCCAAGAUUGCCCUAAACAUGCUUACGAAAAACCUGAGCAUCGAGUUAAAACCGGAUCGCAUAUUAGCUGUAAACUUACAUCCUGGUUGGGUACAAACUGACAUGGGUGGACCUAAUGCAUUAAUCUCAUCAGAGACAUCUGCUAAAAGAUUGUUGGAAACAGCUGCUAUGUUUACAGAGAAAGAUAAUGCACUAUUUUAUAGUUGGGAUGGCGAGCUAAUACCAUGGUAGUGUAAUGAUGGACAGAAAUUUGGCUAUGUUGCUGUAAAUUUUAUAAUUUCUUUUGUUGAUCUGUAUGUCCACAUAUCUUAAAAUUUAAUAAUUUUGUGA